AUGCGCAAUCCCUCCGCAGUAGGCUUGGCCAUCGUCGUAGUUUUGGAGGCGGCUUUUGUUGAUGAGAACGACUUGAGCUCCAGCCGAACAAAAACGAGAAUGGGGCUUGCACUCGAGCUGACGGUCUCGUGCGCCUUCAAGCUGGCUUGGCCUCCCAUGCCGCAGCCUUUCGCUCUAUUCUCUGCUUCAGAGUAUUUGAAAUUGUUAAACCCCCAAAGUGCAGCAGGGCAGUACAACUACGAGGUCAAGGGCACUGCAGGCGGUCUCCACUCGUACUCGGAGGAAGAGACGGCUGCCUUCACCGAGCAUAUCAACAACACGCUGCAAGCAGACAGCGAUGUGGCGUCGUUGAUGCCUAUCAGCAUGGACGCGGGGCUGUUCCGAGCUGUGUGCGACGGUGUGCUGCUCUGCAAACUCCUCAACCGCGCUGUGCCCGAGACGAUCGAUGAGCGCGCGCUGAACGUUGUCAAGCGCGCGCGAGAGCUCAACGUGUACCAGAAGACGGAGAACCAGAACCUGUGCAUCAACGCCGCCAAGAGUAUCGGCUGCAGUGUGGUGAACAUCGGUCCGGACGACCUGAUCGAGGGCAAACCCAUCCUCGUCUUGGGUCUGGUGUGGCAGAUUAUCAAGAUCCAACUCACGUCGAGUAUCAACCUCAAGAACCACCCAGAGCUGAUGCGUCUGCUGCUGGAUGGAGAGACGUUGGAGGCGUUCAUGAAGCUCCCGCCGGACCAGAUUCUACUGCGGUGGAUGAACUACCAUCUCCAGGCUGCUGGGCAUAGGAAGAAGGUGACGAACUUCAGCUCUGACGUGCAGGAUGCGACGGCGUACAGUGUGCUACUGCAUCAUAUCGCGCCUCAGCACUGCGACGUGUGCGCCGAGUCCGUCCCGGAGGAACGCGCCGCCCACGUGAUCCAGAACGUGCGUCGGCUCCAGGUCGAGACGUUCAUCAAGCCUCGCGACAUCACGAGCGGCAACCCGAAGCUCAACAUGUCGUUCGUGGCGCAGCUGUUCAACACGUGCCCAGCGUUGGAUGUGGUCGAAGAGGAGGUGAAGCAACUGGAGGAGAUUCUGUACGACGACGUGGGCGACACGCGGGAAGAGCGGGUCUUCCGUCUGUGGAUCAACUCGCUGGCCAUCGACGACGUGUACGUCAACCACUUGUACUCGGACUUGAGCGACGGCAUGAAGCUGCUCAAGGUGCUGGACAAGAUCCAGAAGGGCCUGGUGAGCUGGAACAAGGUCAACCUGGUGGCGCCCAACAAGUUCAAGCAGGUGGAGAACUGCAACUACUGCGUCGUACUGGGCAAGCAGCUCAAGUUCUCGCUGGUGAACGUCGGAGGCGCCGACAUCUUCGAAGGCGCCAAGAAGAUGAUCCUGUCCAUUGUGUGGCAGAGUAUGCGCUAUCAGCAGCUCAAGAUCUUGAGCAAGCUGGCGGCCGGGCGAGGCGAGAUCACCGACAAGGACAUCAUCGGCUGGGCCAACAACAAGGUGCAGCAGAGCGGACGGGCCAAGGGCAACAUCGUGGCGUUCCGGGACCCCACGCUGUCCGACGGGCUGUAUCUACUGGACUUGGUGCACGCUGUGGAGCCGCGUGCGGUGAACUGGGACAUGGUCUCGCAGGACAAGACGGACGACGCCAAGGCCAGCAACGCCAAGUACGCCAUCAGCUGCGCGCAGAAGAUCGGCGCCACGGUCUUCCUGACGUACGAGGACAUCGUGGAGGUCAAGCCCAAGAUGAUGAUGACGUUCGUGGCCAGUCUCAUGCUCGUGGACCAUCAGCGCGCAUAAGAUGAGGACAGUGGAGAGAAGGAGAGCUGCUAGACGGUCGUAGCUGGCUGACCAGAGUUGAAGAAGCACAUACAAGUGAACAGAGAAAAAAAGUUUUCAAACAUGCACUUGCGAACA